AUGAAGUUCCGAGAUAAGAGCAGUUUCAGUCAAUGCGAUGUGUGUCAGGAACUGAAAGCCCAGCUGGGUGCACUACGAUUGUACCGGAAGCACCUCGUUGACCAAUACGCCGACAGGUAUGAUGCCUUUCAGACCAGUGGCUCCCCAAACCGCAAAGCAGUGAAGGUUGAGGCAGAGAGUGCUGCUACUAAGAAGCGGAAGACCGAGUGGCAGGCUGCCUUGAAGAAAAUGCCUGGUGAUGUCACGUUUGCCAAGGACAUUCUUGCCUAUUUAGCCCUCUUCGUGGAACCUGCGAGCGGUGCUGGUACAGGCUCAGAACUUUCACAUCCAGCAAACUUGGUGUUGGAUGCCUUCAAAAGCCCAGAGGUUGCCAAGUCCACCAAUGAGAAGCUCAGGAUAUUCUUGGAAGAAGCCAUGAAGAUGCAUGAAAAGAAAAUGGAGCUUGCAUCGGUCCCUGUUCUCAAGCUAGCAGCUCGAUUCGAAGGCUUGAUCAAAGAGCGGCAGCUUUGCGAGAGCGCAAAGGAGAAGAACGAGGAGGAAUUGUUGAGUGACCUGAUUUGCAAGUACAACUCUUUCCGUGCCAACAGUGCUCUUCGCAAGUGGCAAAUCACUUCUGAUGGACAUCAAGCAGUAUGGUGCAUCAUCAUAGGAAUGACUGAGACUUCCAGAUCCCUUCUGAGAAGUCACCUCGACCACAACAAGUGGGAGGAGUCAGGCUACAGCGAAACGAUCUUGCGUCUCAAAAGGCAUAUGCUCAACAAUGCCCCCAAGGGUCUGUCGCCUUUCUGGGAGAAGCUUUUGACAGUGACACCAGAUGUUCAACAGCUGCACUUCCGAAAGUACAACCACUGGUGGAGCAUCAACUCACGGAGAGUCAAGAAGUCCAUGCGAGUCCGCAUCCGAUGGACGGAGGACCAAUGGACAACAAAUGUCAAUCAGUGUUGCAUCUUUGUCUUUGUUCUUCGCCAUUGCCAAGACGAUGCCCAAGUGACUGGUGAGAUGAUUGAUGGAAUGACCACUGCCUUUCUCAAUGGGGACUACAGCCAGGAUCUUGAUGCCAUCUUGGUUGCAAAGCCUGUCAAAUUUACACCAGAGAUGACAGGGAUGUGGCAGGACCACGUGGGUCGUGCUCUGCUGAAACCUGCUGGACAAGCACCAACAAAUGACACCGAUGCUACUGUGGAUGAAGCUGAGGUGCUGCAUAUGCGGGAUCAAAUCCAAGCUGGAUUGGGAGUCGCUGAUUCUUUUAUGGAGAGAAGGCUCCUUAUGCUUUGCAGCGACAAAAACCUCAGCCAAAGCUUCGGGGGACUGAUCCGGAGAUCAUUAGCAGACGCUGGCCAACGCUUCGAUGCGACAGAUGUCAACAAGACACACUACCUGGGGUUCACAGACUUAACGAAGUAUGGGCGGCUGUCGGCCAUUGCGGUGAACGAGGUCGCCAAUUGGUGCCAUCAAUUGCUGAACCAGAACCCCAACUACAGCAUGGUCUUCAUAUGUGCUCCUGUUCUGGCUGGUGAUGGUGUGAUCGCUGGCAUCCGCGGGGAGAUGAGGCGACUUGAGAACAAGCUGAGUGACAUGCAGAUGGAGGCGAAACUGGUUCAGGGCUGUUUAUCCCGCGUCAGCACGCUGAAGGGCCAAUUGUUGGUGGUGCAGCACCAAACCAUGUACGAUGGUGUCUUCGAGAAGGUGCUGGUGGAUCUGAUGAACGAAUUGCAGCAGGAAUGCCACCUGGCAGGGUUCAGCGAGACGACCAGCCCAGCCAUCUUCCAGUAUGCCGUCACAGGGGUGAAAGACAAGCUUUUGGAGGAAUGGAAGCAAGGAAAGGGUCAGAUUGGGCUCAUGACCCCAAAGUUUCAAGCGCAAGCAGACCUUUGUGAACACGCAGCACCCCGUCAACCGCAGCUGAAAAUGUGCAAAAUGGAUGAUGCUGGCAAUAUGGCCAUUCCCAAAGAAGUUCGUGACAAGUGGCUGAGCGAUCCAGUUCGGAGAUACUUGACUGUGCCACAGGUGGUUUGGUUGAAGCUGUUUGCCGCUGCUGCAGAUGUUGACUUGGCGCAGGAAGCUCCAGCUCCUCCCCCUGCUGCUGUGGUGACAUGCCCGGAACCGGCCAAGAUGACCGCAAAUGAGUUCCAACAGAAGUACCCAAAUCCUGAUGCAACCAUCACUUUGACCCUUGGUGCUGGAGUGAACAUCACCUGCUAUGUGGUCGGAGCCAAUGCCUUUUUGAGCAGUCAGUCGAAGGUCAUCCUUCCAGGAGUUCAAUCUGGAGAGACUGCGAAGCCUUUGUUCAUGUAUGCUGGUGGAAGUUGGAUCAGUGAGUCUGCCAAGGCGCAGGAGUACUUGGGAAAGCCAGCCAAUGAGAACAAAGCUGUGGAAUUUCGCUUGGAAUCCAGUGAUUCGAUGGAAACGACCUCCCAGGGUACGCAAGACACUGCGCCCAUGACGAUCUACCAUAUGAUCCAUUCUUUUGAGAAGAGAGGCAUUUUGGAUCUGAAAGUGACUGGUCACAGCAUCGAGCGGCCACCGGCAGUGCGGAGGGGCGAAGAGGCAGACCGACUCGAGGUCCAGCAUGAAGCUCAUAGCGUGUUCAAGCCCAACGCUGUCACUGCCAAGCAGUGCAAGGCAACCAACGUUGCUGGUUUGCUCGGUUACAAGAGCCUUCAAGCAAGCCAGCAUCUCCAACUGGUAUGGCGAACCUCGGUGUUAGUUUUAACGCAUUUUCCUUUUGAUACUUUGCUUAUUUCAUUGGUGGUGGUUGGUUCCUACACCUUUCUGUUUUGCAUGUUCCACUUCAAUCCAUUUAGGAGUGAGGCAUUUUGCACGUGA